UAACAGAUCUUAGCUUGCGGCGCCACAUUUCUGCAGCCAUGGCACAUGUCCUCAAGCUUCAGAGUGGCGAUGCAGCAGGUCGGAGUUCAUGGACGUUUUCUGCAUGCUGCGUUUGAUGCAGCUUUGAAGAAGCUUAAUGAGUUCGACAUCAGAGGCCUUGCGAACUUGGCCUGGGCCGUGGCCGUGAGCCGCUCAAAUUGCGCACAUCAAAAAACUGCCUUAUUGACUCAACUUGCUUCUGCAGCACAGGUUGCAUUGAGGCAUCAGCUGCGUUCAGUUUCCAAUGAGCUGGAAGUGCGGUCUUUGAUAUUCAGCCUAUUGUCUUUGGCAUGGGCCUUGAGAUUUCAAUCGUCACUGGGAAGGGAUGUGGAAGGUGACCUUUACGCUGGGCUCCGGCACUUGGCCCGUGUCCUUGAGUCUUCCAGAUGCAGAUGGCCCCGGCCAGAUCGACCUUUGCAGAUGGCCUCCUUGCCCAAGGAGUUGAACGAGCCCAUAGUCAUUCUUAAUUGUCGCGGUAUGGUAGUGGCGCUGAAGCCUCCUGGAUGGGAAGUGGAUACAUCGGCCGAAGGACAAUCAGAGGCACUCAGCCUUUCCAUGUUCCUACAAAGCCAACUUCCUCCGGAGGAAAACAACUUGUUAUACGAUUUCAACUAUGGCUUUGGGUUUGUACAUCGCCUAGACGUCGCCAGUUCAGGCUUGAUUUUGGCAGCUAGGACCUUUGAUGGCUUGAUUUGUUUGCAGUGGCAGAAGGCGCUUUGUGCAAUCGAUAGGGAAUACAUUGUUGUAUGCACUGGCUUGGGUGAGACACUUCGUAUGGUCACGAUAAGAGCUGAAGUUGCAGCACGAGGCCUUCACAAAUACUCAAGGACACUAACGCAAGACAACGGCCUGCCGGCGGAGACACGUCUUCGCACUGUCGCUCAAUUGAACACUGCUUCUGGCGGUCUUUUGGGAGGUGCCUCUUUGGUUGUCAUUCAGAUUUAUACUGGACGACGCCAUCAGAUUCGAGCCCACACUCGUUUCAUCGGGCACCCAACUGCUUGCGAUGCCUGGUACACACCCAAUGCAGUGCGUUUGUAUUUGGAGGAUUUGCUUCAACCAAUGCCGCUUAGAGCUUGGGUGCGGACACCAAGGUGGGUCGGAGAACUGAUUCCUCCACCCAAGGACAUGGUGGGUGAGGUAUACGACCCUGGGCUCGCUGCAGUUCAAUAAGCAUCUCUUGCUUGGCUGGCAGCAUGUGAGAGACACAAAAGUGACCUCAUGAGGUGGACAUAGUAGCGACA